UUUGAACAUGAUGUAUUUUAUAGAGCAGCACAAACGGUAAUAUAACUAAGUCGAAUGGCAAAGAACGCUGCCGUGUUGACUUCACUGAGAAAUAACUGUACUAGCAAUUACUCAAUUAGAUCAUCCACAACUAAUUUUUUACAACAGCAGAUAUAUCAUAAAUGAGCACUUUGAACUUUUGUGACGUAUAAUCGAAUGAUUCUCUAUUUUCUCAUAAACAAACAGGUACUUUAAGAGGAUACAGUCAUUCUCAUUGGGCUUUUAUUCAUAAAGUACACCGCAUUUUAUCUUUUCUGUUAUAAUGAGAGUACUUAAAACCUAAAAUCGUAUUAAUAAUUAUAAAUUUAUUGCUCAAUUUUCGUUUAUGCACGUGGCCUCUGAAACGUCAAUGUCAAUAUUGUCAUUAAUGUCAAUGACAAUCGCAAAUGUCAAAAAUUAAAAUUGGUUUUUUGAUCGUUUCUUAACGAUUUUUUUAUUUUAAUUAACUCGAAUUUUUAAAAUAUGAAAGUUAUGCCAAUUAUUUCGUACGUUAUGUGCAUAAUUUUCAAUUAUCUCAAUUCGAAAUCUGCUCUGGAUGCGUUCAAAAAUUGUUCGUAAAAUUCGGAGUUAAUCAAACAAACAGAUAUUCUAAAAAAAUCUGAAAAUCGGAACGCAGUUCUAACCUCAAUUUCACGACACUGACAGCGGUGACAGCCGAUAAAUAUUUAUUUUGGAAAAGGUGUAAAAAGUUGCAUUAUUACAAUAUAAUUGGUGUAAUAAGCGAUGAAUUUGUUGCAGAUUUUAAGAACAGUACAUAACAGAUCGUUUUCUACUUCGUACACCAAAAUGGUUCGAUACCUGGGACAACAAGAGGCCCAAUCAAUAGAUAUUGAGCUCUUUAAUGAAUAUUCAUUUUCUGUUGACCAAUUAAUGGAAUUAGCCGGUUUAAGUUGUGCAGUUGCAAUUGAGAAAUGCUACCCACAAUCAGAGCUGGGUAAUAAAUCUGUAAUGGUUUGCGUGGGCCCCGGUAACAACGGAGGGGACGGUUUGGUGUGUGCGAGGCAUUUAAAAUUGUUCAACUACAAACCGAUAGUAUAUUACCCGAAACGAUCAGAAAGGCAGCUGUACAAUAACCUCACCAAACAGUGCACUUUAAUGAACAUACCUGUGAUUCAAAGUUUACCUGAAAACUCCACGGUCGAAUGCGAGUUCGGGCUCAUCGUUGACGCUUUGUUUGGCUUCAGUUUCAAACCGCCUGUAAGGGAGGAAUUUAUUCCAAUCAUCAAACUAAUGCGGGAAACUAAAGUGCCUAUUGCUAGCAUUGACAUACCGAGUGGUUGGGACGUGGAAACAGGUCCGCCGGAGGACGGAAUCAAGCCCGACCUACUCAUAUCGCUAACAGCACCUAAAUUAUGCGCCAAGCUAUAUACUGGAAAAUAUCAUUACUUAGGGGGCCGCUUUGUUCCCCCUCGUUUGGAGGAAAAGUAUAAUUUGGAUUUACCCAAAUAUCCUGGCACAGAGUGUUGCGUAUCGAUCGCACAAAAACAAUGCGCAGCCAAACAAUAAAGUCCUCAUAACCUCUAUUAUAUGUCUAUGUAACAUUUAAUAAGAGUGCCGAUCUAGUAUGAGGUCUACCAUAAUAUUUGCGGUCUACUUACAUACCUUAUGGUGCAUUUCAGUUUGCAAUAUGGUCAUUUCUAUGAGUUGAACAAAGGAAGAUUAUUAAAUAACAGUUGUUAGAGUGAAAAAGUUGCAAUCACACAAGAGCACUCUUUCUUUUUCCUUUAUAAGUAUCUAAUGGAAGUUGUCUUUAUCUCACCCAUAGUCUAAAAAACCUAUAUUGCAAACUAAAAUGAAACAACCUGUAUUUCGCCGCCCCGGUAUAUUUAAAUAUUUUAAGAGGUCAUAUUUCGAAAACUGAAACUGAAAAACUCACCUUGUAUAAUUCUGAUAUUAUACUUCUGUAAUUAUAAAUAAUUUGAAUUCGUUACCUUCUUCGUUUGCUUAAUGAAGAUAAUAUUUACGUUUAAAUAAAAACUGGUACUUCCCCAAUUAAUCGGUAAAUUUACUGUAUAAUACUGUGCUAUUGUAUAAUACUGUGAACCCCAUGCUGUUCUAUAAAUAAUAUAAUACCAGUAAAGUAUUUUCUUUGGCUUAAAUGUUGCUGUUAUACUUUGUAAUAAACACUUGUAUAAAAUAAAUUUGGGUAGACUGUACUAGACCGGUACCUUAAUAAGUAUCUAUGUUGAUCUGUAGGAACCCUUGAUUGUUGUAUUUAACUUAUUACGGUUGUUAUUCUAAUUUUUAUUAGCAUGUUUUAAUUGUUUUUAUCGGUUCCGAUACAAGAAGACUUAAUUUUUGUGAUGUUAGUGUAAUUGUUUAGGUAUAAUACAGUUUAAAGCAUUUAAUGCGAAAAUAUUUUAAAUUCUAUAUGUAUAUGAUAAGAGAUAUAAAAUAUUAAUUGCACAAAUAUAUACCUAUAGUUUUAAUAAGAAGAUUUAUGUAUGUACUCAAAUUAUCACUGCAAAUCCUAUAAGACCAAUAUUGAAUAUUUUAUUGUAACAUCUUUGUAAGCAAUGUGCGUUAGAGAAAAUAAAAUAUUUAUCGUUAUUACUGUUGAUAUUCUCCACAUUUCCAAUUUCCUAAUACAACAAUAAUACACAUCAACCUCAAACAUUUUAUUUCAAUAAAACACUUGUGCUCAAUUGGAAAACUGAAAAAGCAAAGCGGACGGUGUACGCAGUGGGAUCAUUUGCUUCAAACCGUUCUUCCCGUCGACUAUCCAAUAAUCUCUCCCGUUCACGAACUUCUUGGUGCCGCCUCUUUCGUAGUAAAACGGCGGCUUGAACAGCGUUUGAUAGGAAGGCGGCGGAGUAACCUGCAAAUUCGACCUAAACGCGCGGCUCUUGUGGUUGUUCGGCCAGCCGUUCGCUCGCAUCCUCCCGGCUUUCCUCUUCCUGUAUCGUCUCUGGCACACCCUCCACAGCACUUCCAUGAGGAAAACGCACAGCGCCACCGCCAAGCCGCCGCCGACGAUGAUGUAGGUCAGCAGCAAGUCGGUGUUCCUGAGCUUGCGCUCCGUGCUGCCCAAGUCCAGCGGGCAUAUCUCCGCAUCCGGAAGGUUCUCCUUUAACUUGAACUCUAUUAUACCGCCUUCUAUCAAUCGCUGUAUCCUGAAAUUAUAGAUUAAGAGGAUUUGCAGAUGUUUCAUUGGUGCGAUGGAACUUACGCGUAAUUAAAGAGUUCUUUAUAUUUGAAAUUCUUGGAGUAGGCGAAAGCUCUGGAGAAUUUGACUAUGGGAAAUUUCGCGAUAACGUAAGUGCACCUUUUGCUCUCUUCCAUGCCUCCAUUGGCUUUUUGCCUGUAGUCUUUGUACAUUAUGUGGUUGAUGACGGUUUUCUCUCGAAUGAACAUCAUGUCUCUUUUGUAAACGUAGCUGUCCAGUAUCUCCAUAUCUAAGCAAAACCAUUGCAUUUUGAAUUAAAUUAUAAAAAUAUUUUCAUAGAUACCUGGGUAAUUGGCAAACACCUUCAGAUUGCCCAAUUUUUCAAUCAGUUUCUCCUGGUAGAUGUGCUCGUCGUUUUUAUCAGCCAGAAUUUGAUCCCUUACAGGAUUCCCUUUGUUCGUCACCCAACGAUAAUGCUUCUUUCCUAUAUCCUCCGGAGCCGUUAUGGGCAGAGUAAACUUGGACAGGGUCAGAAAAGCUGUCAAGUUCGCCGUGUAAAACGCCGUUAAUAUUAAUAUAAACAACCACCAAGUGGAAAACAAAAGUCUAGAAGUAUCUG